UUUUUAAUGUCUAAAAAAACAACAACAACAUUAUUUCAACAUUUAUUACGGUGAUCAACACAUCAAAAUGGAAACUGAACAAUUUUUAUUUAGCAAACUUGUAGCCAAUAUUUUUGGAUAUCUUGGCUGUCAUUUUCAUUCAAUCAAAUUAAAUAGCUGGCGAUCAUUAUUGAAUUUAUUAUUGAAUAUUUUAUUGAAUUGUUUAUCAGUGUAUGGUAUGUUUGUAUAUGAUCCACAUAAUUGGCGUAUUGAAUCGAAUCCAUUUUUUACACGUGUUAUGUUAAUGUCAUAUAAACGUAUAUAUCCAAUUCUUUAUGCAAUAAUUUCUAUUCAUUAUUAUCAAUUUGGUCAUCAAAUGAUUCAUUUACUUGAUAUGCUAUUACCUUAUACAAGAAUAAAUCAACGACAACAGCUUUUACCAUUAAUAUUUAUCUUCAUUAUUUCACAUUUUGUUUAUUUGUCUUUGAAUUAUACAAAUUUAGAAGAUCUGUAUCAACAACCAACAUUCGAAAAGUUUUGUGCACAACUCGGUUGCUAUACACUGAGUUUUCAGAUUACAUUAAUUUAUAAUAUGGUCAUAUUUUAUCAAUGUUUGAUUGAAUCAUUUUUACAUUCAAUCGAAAUGAAAUUAUUAUAUAUUAAUCAAACAAAUUCAAUCGAUGAUUGUCCACGUUUAAUCUAUUUGAAAAUAUUGAAAAAAAUCGAACAUGUAGCAUGUUUAUGUAAAAAAAUGAAUCAUCUUUUCUCAUACGGUUUAUUGAUACAAAUUACAUUGAUUGGCAUUAGUUUUAUUAUAAAAAUCUGUGCAUUGGUUCUGUUUCGACAACAAUGGCGUGCAACAAUAAAUGAAGCACCUCAUAUUUGUUUAUGUUAUCUAUAUUUAUCUAAAAUUAGUAUAUACAAUUUACGUAUAGCUAAACGUUUACGAAUGAUUCGUCGAUUAAUGUUAAAAUCAUAUUGGAAAUAUUGUAGUGAAAAUCAUUACAAUUCAACGAUUGGUCAUCGUAUUAAUGAUAAACGAAAAUCGGAUCAAAUUGUUGUCGAAAAAUUUGAUCCAAUACGAUUUUUUGAAUUAACCAAUAUCUAUAAAAAUGAUUUUAUCGUACGAAUUUUUCGUAUUUGGAAUAUGGAUUUUAAUUUCAUUUUAUCGAUUACAGUAUUUAUCAUUAAUUAUAUUGUAUUUAUUGUAUCGACUAAUUGA